CCUCUUUGUGGGACAAGUUGUUUACAUCAUGGCGUCGGUGGAUUUCAGAGACAACCUUCUUGGGAUAUCCUGGGUGGACAGCGGCUGGGUGCCGAUUCUGAACCCUGGAAAUGUACUGGACUACUUCUCUGAGAGAAGUAACCCCUUCUAUGACCGAACAUGUAAUAAUGAGGUAGUGAAGAUGCAGCGGCUUUCUCUGGAGCAUCUCAAUCAGAUGGUGGGAGUCGAGUACAUUCUUCUUCAUGCUCAGGAGCCAAUUCUGUAUAUAAUCAGGAAACAACAGAGGCAGUCACCAACACAAUUAAUUCCCUUGGCUGAUUACUACAUCAUAGCAGGAGUGGUGUAUCAGGCCCCAGACCUGGGAACAGUUAUCAGCUCCAGAGCGCUUUCUGCUGUCCAUGGAAUCCAGUCUGCCUUUGACGAGGCCAUGUCAUAUUGCCGUUAUCACCCAUCCAAAGGAUACUGGUGGCACUUCAAGGACCAGGAGGAGAGAGAAAAAGCCAAACCCAAGUCUAAGAAGAAAGAGGAACCGAGUUCACUGUUUCAGAGGCACCGUGUCGACACACUCCUGUUGGACCUCAGGUCAAAGUUUCCACCAACAUUUUACCAGCCUAAACCUGGCGAAAAGCCGAUUCCAGUUGAGGUGAAGAAAGAGCCUGAACCCCCUGCAGAGGCUGUAAAACAAGAAGAAAGAGAACCAGCUGCAAAGUCCUCCGCUCCAGCUCCACCAAGCAAACCGCCUCCUGAGAAGAGAGCAAGACUACAGUGAGAGUCAUAAUUCACAGAGCGAGGAAAAGUCCUACAGCACAGACCAACAGAACAUCUUGCGAGUAUUUUUGUUCCCUCCAAAUUUGCAAGAUCGUCCACAACUCCGCUCAUUUGAUCAGUUUACAGGAAACUAAGAAUGAACUGGCAUAAAAAGUUGCUUGUCUCAGUGCCAGGACUACUUUUACACUGUAAGCUUAGUUUGGCAUCGUUUCAGGCAGCUGUGCUACGAGCGGGGGUUAACUGCCUGAUGUCAGCAGGCAUUUAGCAGUAUUCUCACUCAGGAUUGUUUCUGACGAUGAGCUGACAUCAGCAUCAGUGUCGGUUUACUGUUGACAUCAGCAUCAUAUUCGUGUUGUAGUGACUUCAGAAGACAGUUUAAUUCCUAGUGUGCUUUACAGGGUGAUGUGUCCUAAUGCAUCUCUCAUCUGAAAGGCAAAAAAUCUUCUUGACAUGAACACCUCUGUUUAAUUACACUUUUGUCUGUUUUUUUUUUGUUAAGAAUACUUUUGUGUUUUUGUAUUAAAAUGUAUCAGCUGCUGUA